UCGGGGCAGCAGGCAUGGUCAACCUUUUCUCGGUUUAAAAUCCCACGAGUCUCCGAAAAUGGCUAGUGUUAGAUUCCAGGGACAAUCAGGCAAGCAUAUCGUGACAACUCUCAAGAUUCUCAUCAACACCGAGAUAGAAUAGAAUCCUUUACUAGCUGAGGCCUCUGGAGCUUUACAAGCAAUCAAGUUUGGCAUUGACCUGGGUAUUAGGCAGAUCAUUGUUGAGGGAGACUCCUUGCAGGUGACAAAUGCUAUUGAGUAGAAUUCUGAGCGAUGGAGCAGUGCAAGUAUGUAUGUGAAUGAGAUAGAAGUAAGGGGAUUCAAUGCGCUGGUUGAGACUUUUCGGUAGGAGAUUGGAGGGUUCUUGGUGGGGUGUGAAGACAGCAGCAAUCGGAAUUUUGGUUGCUUCAUUACUUGGUUCAUCAUGGGGUUGUCACAUUCCAGCAAUUUAUAACUUUGGAGAUUCCAACUCUGAUACAGGCAGUGUCUCGGCAACUUUUGGUCGAGUCCCCUCUCCCUAUGGUCGGACUUUCUUCGGUAAACCUUCUGGUCGCUAUUCUGAUGGGCGUCUAAUCAUCGACUUUAUAGCUGAGAAGUUGGGAUUUCCGUUCUUGGGGGCAUAUCUCGACUCUAUAGGACCAAAUUUUAGACAUGGAACAAACUUUGCUGCAAGUGGGUCUACAAUCCAGCCGGCUGAUGCCAAAUUAUUUGGGGCUGGUUUUAACCCCUUGUCUCUGGAUAUACAGCUUUCACAGUUUGAACAAUUUAAGGAGCGUACAAAGGACCUAUAUAACCAAGCUGAAAGCUCUUGGGUCAAAAGCAGCCUCCCAAAACCAGAGGAAUUCUCAAAAUCCAUUUACACAUUGGACAGUGGGCAGAAUGAUCUUCAUUUUGCAAUAUUAACAACAACAGAGGAGCAAGUGCGGGUAUCCAUCCCCAAUAUAAUCAAUCAGUUUGCCCUGGCCAUCGAGAAACUCUACCAAGAUGGAGCAAGAACAUUUUGGAUACAUAAUACGGGUCCCAUUGGCUGCUUGCCUGCGUUUUCUGUAAAGAAUCCUCCAAAGCCUGUUAAUGCUGACCAGAAUGGCUGCAUAAAAUCCUACAAUUUGUUGGCUCAAGAGUUUAACAAGCAGCUUAAAGAUAAGGUGUUCCAAUUGAGGACCCAACUCCAACAUUCAUUGCUCAUCUAUGUUGAUAUCUACACUGCUAAAUACACUCUCAUCAGUGAGGCAAAGAAACAAGGUUUUGUUGGUCCUCUUGCGUACUGUUGUGGGCAUGUAGGUGGUGGUGAAUGUUGGGAAACAUCGAUAGUGAAUGGAGCUGAAGUUUUUGCAGAUUCUUGUAAUGAUACUUCAAAAUACAUUAGUUGGGAUGGCACACAUUAUACUGAAGCUGCCAACAAAUGGGUAGCUAACCACAUUUUGGAUGGCUCACUCUCAGAUCCCCCAAUUCCCCUUGCAAAAGCAUGUCACAAGACUGAUUCUCCUAACUGAAGCAUGCAACCAUCAAGUUCGUCCUUUUGUUUGAGUUCACAAUUGGUGACAUUGAAUAUUCGAUUUUUUUGGGGAAUUAAAGGGUACUUUUUUUUUAAGUAAUGCUACUCAUCAUCACAAUUCUCAUCAUUUCAUGAUUGAAGCAUUAGAUGAUUGAAUCAUUAGAUGAUUGAAGACUAUUUAUUAUAUUUCACUUGUGAACCUAUCAUCUAAUGCUAUAUCAUGAAAUGAUAAGAGAAUGAUAAGAAAAAAGAUGAUGAAUAUGUUUACUUUUUUUUUUUCCUGCAUUUAAAGGUCUUAUUAAUGGCACUGCUAUGGUGCUACGUUUGAAUUGUAAUUCCAGUUAGGUCUGCGCAACAAUGUGAGUGCACUUGGUGUCAAAUGUCAAUGUUACUUAACAUUGGUGAAAUUUAUGGUAAUACAACUUGGUGUCAAAUGUCAAUCUUGUAGUUUUGUACUCUGACUAAAAAAUUUUCGGAUCGUGCAUGAAACAUGACAUUGUAGUAGACAGUUUAAUUAUGGACCGGAGGAGAGGAGGCCAUGAAACAGGUUUUGCUGUAACGACCAACUUGAAGUUGGAACUUUUUAUGUCGUCCCCGACAACUUGAAACUUCUGUGACUUGUCGUCGUUUCCUUGCUACGUGUAAGCUAUCAA